UCCGCGGAGCGGCCACGUUACCUCAGCCGAGCGGCCCGGCCGGGCCUCAGCGCGCGCGGGAGGAGGAAGGACGAGACGCCGCCGCAGUCGCCGCACGGAGCCGAAAAGAGCCGAGCCGGCGCUGCGCCUCUUCGGAGCGGGUUCGGGGCUUCGCUUUCCCGCCAGCGGCGCCCCUUCCCUUCCCUUCCGCCUCGCCAGAAACCCCACCUCUUUGCCAGCAUCUUCUUAGCAGAGUCCAAGGACUGCCUUUCUCACCUGAUGUAAACUUGCCAGAUGCUGGGCACCAUGGCUGAGCCUGUGGGAGAAGAGGCCAAUUCCAAAGUUGGAGAACUCUGCCAUGAUUGUGGACAGUCCCACUUGUCACCAGACAAUCACCUCUAUAACUUCCAGGACGAAGUGGAUGAUGAGCUGGUUUGUCACAUUUGCCUUCAGCCUUUGCUCCAACCUAUGGACACACCUUGCGGACACACGUACUGUUUCAAGUGCCUGGAGAACUUCAUGCAAGAUUACAACUUCUGUCCUAUGGAUCGGAAAAAACUCUCUUUCCAGCAUUGCCGGAAGUCCAGCCUGUUAGUUCGGAACCUGCUGGAUAAGCUCAUUGUCCUCUGCCCCUUUCAAGAAGACUGCAAACAGACUAUGCAACGGUGUGAAUUAGAGGCUCACUUACAGAAUAGGUGCCCUGGCUUCAGGAAACACAAAGCUCAGCUAGAACGCAAGAAGAAUCCUCACUCCAAGUUGAAGGGAGAUUCCCUUUUGAGGCUGGAAGCAAAUACUCUGAAAGAGCCUGAAGUCCUGAAUGGGCUGUCAAUGCUGGUAGCUGGAAGCUCAGUUGCAGCUGUGGUAUCCUUGGAGACCACAGAACCUGGGCUGGUUAAUCCAGCUUUUGACGAGUGUGAAGAAGAUUUGCCUCAGAGAGCUAGUCUUUUAGCGGAGACCAGUUUAAUUGAAAUUCAUCGAGAUGAUCUUGAGGAAGACCUUGGCAUGCGGAUAGUUGGUGGUAAAGACACACCGCUUGGCAACAUCGUUGUCCAAGAAGUUCUUCGGGAUUCAGUUAUUGGCUCAGAUGGCAGAAUAGCUCCUGGAGACCAUAUCCUAGAGGUGAAUGGUGUCAACAUUAGCAGUGUGACUCAUAGCCAAGCUAUUUCCUUAUUGCGCCAGCCCUGUGCAGGACUCCACCUUCUAGUGCUGCAAGAGAAAGGGUUUACCACCAGGCCUGGGCAGCCGGAUUCCAGCCCUGCAAUAAACCAGGAAGUGAUCCACGUUACUCUUGUGAAGAGAGACCAGUCUGAACCCCUUGGCAUCAAAUUGAUCAGAAAAUCUGACGAGCCUGGGAUCUUUAUUCUGAACCUGCUAGAUGGGGGUUUGGCAUCUAAGAAUGGGAAACUGAGUCGGAAUGAUAAAGUCCUUUCUAUCAAUGGGCAGGAUCUACGACAGGGAACACCUGAGAUAGCUGCUCAGAUAAUCCAGUCUAGCGAAGCAAGAGUCAACUUUGUCAUUCUGCGUCAGUCUGGGAUGCAGCUACCAGAUUCUGUUGAAGAUGGCAGCACCUCAAACAACAGCAGCAGCAGCAGCAGCAAUGGGGGCAGCCCCGUACUCCAUCGUAGGAGACCCGAACAGAAUCACUAUCGGCGGAAGUCAAGCUAUCAGAAGGCGCUUCCUCAAGGAUACCUCAUCCAGGACAAAGUGGUUACAAUAAAAAAAGAGCAAAAAGAAUCUCUAGGAAUAACAAUUGGAGGUGGAAGAGACAGUAAACAUAGGCUCCCUGUUUAUGUGACCAGCGUUCAACCUGUCGGGUGCCUAUUCAGGGAUGGUAGAAUUAAGAAAGGAGAUGUACUUCUGAGUAUCAAUAAUAUUGAUUUGACUCACCUAAACUACAAUGAAGCUGUCUCUGCCUUGAAAUUGAAUGCUGCAUUGCACACAGUGGUGCUGAAAGCCCUGGAGAUCACAGUGCCAGAAAAGUCGUUUGAGUCACCAGAGAUUCCAGAAAGCAGAGAAAGCGGGUUUGGGUGGGCUAGCUGGACUCCUCUGUGGGUCAGGUGGCUUGGAUUGCCUAGCCAUCUCCACUUCUGUCAAGAUAUCGUCUUGCACAAAAGCAACGUGGAGAGCUGGGGAUUCAGCAUAGUCGGUGGGUUUGAAGAAAACAAAGGGAGCCAGCCGUUCUUCAUUAAAACCAUUGUGCCUGGAACACCCGCCUUCUGGGAUGGAAGACUGAGGUGUGGAGAUGAGAUUGUGGCCGUCAACGGGAUGUCCGCCGUCGGCAUGAGCAACGCGGAGCUGAUUCCCAUGCUGAAGGAGCAGCGCAACAAGGUCGCUCUGACGGUCGUAUCCUGGCCUGGCAGCCUGGUGUGAGACAUCAGCCCUCCUGAACGGUUGCAUUCUGGAACCCCUUCCACCACAGGCGGCACCUCUGGGCAUAUCGAACGAGCUGAGGGGACAGUGGAUGGGACAUACGUGCUCCUCAAGGCCUCUCCCAGAUUCCCAUUCCCAUGCCAAAGGAAGCGUAGUUUGCACCAAGCUCUCUGGCAGAGUGAUGGGGUUCUGCUGUUAGAAUUCUGUCACUGGGAUGGUUGUGUCCCUCCAACCUUUACAUGCACAUCUGGGGCCCUGAACCACGCCUGAAACCCUGUCUUAAUCCUGCUCUGAUAAGCACAAAGCCUGAUGAUGGUGUUCAGGAUGAUGUGGCCUAGAAUGCUUGAUGUUAGUAGCCAAUAUUUGACUUUGUGUGACAUCGGUGGUCAUACCAACCUACUGGCAGGAAGUGGCCACUAAAGGUGUGCCUUACAGGAACUAUCCUGUCUCCUCGCCCCCCCUUUCCAUUGUCAAUAGAAUGUGUGUGUGAGAACUCCACUGUUUGGAAUAACAAUCAUUCUUGUCCC